AUGGAAGAGCGUAUCGUAUUGUUGGGCUCAAUUCAGGAACGUCAGAGCGUGGAUAAUAGCUCACCAUAUGUUUGCAAGGCAGGAGGUACACCGGCUUGGUAUUCAGAGCCACCAUCGGAGGCCGCAAGCUUAACAUGCUCGAAUUGUUGCAAUAAGUUGUUCUUAGUUGCACAAGUUUACGCUCCAGUGGAAAUGGAUCGGACGCUCUACGUCUUUGGGUGCAACUCAGUGUCGUGCACCGAAUUUGAGGGCAGCUGGAGAGUAUUGCGCGAUCAGGUUGAGCCGAUGAAAGAAGCUCCGGCUUUGGAGAGGAUUGAAAAUGUGACAGAGCAAAUGAAGGUCGCAUGGGGAUUAGGAAGCGACGAUAGUGAUUGGAGUGACGAUGAAGAUGAUAGCAACUUGCAAACUUCAUCAGCUGAUCUUGUGGAUCUUGAAGCACUUUUGCAGCAACGUGACGAUGCAAUGAAGAAAAGCACAAAGACAACCAAGUUGACUCCAGCAUUUAAGAAGAUUGGAAAUGUGAAAGCAAAUACUUUACCUACCGAUCAAAAUGCCUUUGCGGCUUUGUUGAUUGAAGUGAUGGAUGAACCAUACGAAGAUUACACGGGUGAAUGUGACUUUGCACAUGAAAAUCAACUACUUGAGGAGUACAUGAAGCAAGAGGAAGUGGAAAAGUCUGCAGAAAUUGGAGACUUACGCAACAUCAUGACAAAUCUAAAGAAGAAACAGAAUGCAGUACAGUCAUCUAAUGCUGCAUCCUCAACCGGUGAAUCGUAUGAGAAAACGCCGGCGAACCAGCGGCAUCUACUGCGAUUUCAAAAACGUAUCAGUCGUUGUCCUUUGCAAUGCCUACGCUAUGAUUAUGGUGGUGAACCAUUGUGGCCAGUCGUGGUACCUAAAGACUUAAAGGUUCCGCAUUGUCCUGGAUGUGGACAAGAACGCACUUUUGAAAUGCAAUUGACCCCGACCAUCAAUUAUUUUCUCAAAGUCGACGAAUAUGCAGUAGCCGACACUUUGUUGAUGAAAAACAAAUCUACAAUCGCAACUUCGGAUGGAAUUUGCAAGAUCGUAGGACCGGCAGGUGGGAUGGAUUGGCUUAGUCUCAUUGUAUACAGCUGUUCGACAAGUUGUGCCCAGAGUCACGAAGAAUUUAUUUACGUCGUGCCCUCCUCAAUGUCCUAA